AGUGUUGCACAAGUGUUCUGACAAAGUGUUGCGGGCGGAGGGCGAGGGCGGCAAGAUAGGCACAGAGCCGAAGGUGCAGCUGUGCGGCUGGGGUCAGGGCUACGCCCUGGAGGGCUGCGACAGCCUGCUCCGGCCCCAGCCGCACGCGAGCCAACUUGGCACUGUGUACGCGACGAAACGAAGGAGGAGGAAUGGAAAAAGCAUCAAGCCACCGACCAAGGACGGCGUCACGAAAAGCAACCCCAGCAAACGGCACCGAGAGCGGCUCAAUGCUGAACUGGACACCCUGGCCUCCCUGCUGCCCUUCGAACAGAACAUCCUCAGCAAACUCGACCGGCUGUCCAUACUGCGGCUGUCAGUCAGCUAUCUGCGAACGAAGAGCUACUUCCAAGUGGUGAUGCACGCUGACAAGGAGGAACUACACCACCGACGCGAGCACUACGACCACGUCAUGCCGGACGGCGAGAUGUUCCUGCAGGCGCUCAACGGCUUCCUUAUGAUCUUGACGUGUGACGGCGAGGUGUUCUUCGCGACGCACAGCAUCGAGAGCUACCUAGGCUUCCAUCAAUCGGACAUAGUCCACCAGUCGGUAUACGAGCUGGUCCACUCGGAGGACCGGGAGGAGCUGCAACGACAGCUUCUGUGGAACUCCUUCCUGCCGCCGGAGCUGAGCUCGCUGACGUUGCAGGACGCGCUGCGGCCGGACCGAGCGAGUCAUCUCGAGAGGAGCUUCACGGUCCGGUUUAGGUGCCUCCUAGAUAAUACUUCGGGUUUCUUGAGGUUAGACAUCCGGGGAAGAAUAAAGGUACUCCAUGGACAGAACAAAAAGACAGAAGAACCCCCACUGGCGUUGUUCGCGAUAUGUGCCCCCUUCGGCCCCCCCUCUCUUCUAGAAAUACCACAGAAGGAAGUCAUGUUCAAGAGCAAACACAAACUCGACUUAUCACUAGUUUCUAUGGACCAAAGAGGCAAGAUGCUGCUGGGGUACACGGACGCGGAGCUGUCCAACAUGGGCGGGUACGACCUCGUCCACUACGACGACCUCGCGUACGUCGCGUCGGCACAUCAGGAGUUAUUAAAAACCGGGGCGUCGGGUAUGAUCGCGUACCGGUUCCAGACGAAGGACGGGCAGUGGCAGUGGCUGCAGACCUCCUCGCGGCUGGUGUACAAGAACUCCAAGCCGGACUUCGUCAUCAGCACGCAUAGGCCGCUCAUGGAGGAGGAAGGACGGGAUCUUCUCGGCAAGCGGACGAUGGACUUCAAGGUCAGCUACUUAGAUACGGGUCUCACAAGCCUAUACUUCUCGGAGACGGAGCAGAUCGCGUGCGAGUCCACCACUCCUCAGCCGAGAGCGCCGAGACGGUAUAAGACACAGCUGAGAGACUUCCUAUCCACCUGCCGGAACAAGAGGAGGGUUCCUCCCACCCCAGCAGCCCCGCCAGUGGAAUAUCUUGCCGCGGACGUCGCAGCGGCGUAUACCAACCUUAAUGGGGCAUACACUGCGCCUUACGGCGAAUAUCCCCCCGCUCCUUUACAUUACGCACCGCCUCCUUUGGACGAUCGGUUUCUAUCGGACAACCUCUUCCAUCAAUACAAACCCCUGUCUUACCACUACACCCCGUACCCUCCAAACGGUUUCCUUGAGCCCGCGCCGCCAGGGUACGAGGUUCCGUACCGACCGCCGUCCAGAGAAUACACUUACGUCGACGGAAGAUACAUGAGCCCAGUCACGGGGGAACGGAGAUCUCCUGGAGUGCCAGGGCCGAGUCCUGGCGGUUCCAGCGGGUCGGUGGAGGAGAGGAUGCAGGAGCCCCGGCAGACGGUGCUGAUGUGGGGCUCCGGGACUACGCAGGAGGUGGAAUACUCCCCGCCCCAGGUUUGGCGCUACCCCUCUCACUACCACACGGCUGAAGCGACUCAAUGAUUUGGCUUUUUGUGUGCAAUAUUUAGCUUUUAUUGAUGAUCUUUGAUCUCGAGCAUGUUCUUUUGAGGUUAGCUCAUACUCCGGUCACACUUAGGUCGG